GAAGCAUUUGAAAGUUUCCGAACAUCCUUAACACUUCUUGCAGAAUAGAAAAAUUAUACAUUAAUGGUGUCGACUUAUACGCGACGCGCUGCUUGAAUUUUGGUUUUUCCCAAAGUCUGGAAUGUAUUUCAAUCGUCAAAGAUUUCAACCAUUUCGGCAAAUAAUUAAAAAAUAAAAAAUUUCUGUGAUAUUUUUCUUGUGUGAUAUAUGUAUUUUUGUUCAGAACAACAUAUGUAUCAAAUGGUGUUAAUGUGUGUGUGCCAUAGCCGACAUUGACGACCUCGUUCGAGGCCAAUAUGCAAUGUUCUCGUUAAUAUUGCGGUGGAAAAUUCAUUCAAAGUGUUGUUCGUCUGCACCAGCAGUGGUAGUGAGCGAGGAAGGUUAUUUUCAGCAACAGAAGUCAAGUCGAGUGUCCCUCUAUGUGAAUAGUUCACAGCCCAAAGCUUGGCAUAGUUAUGAAAAAUGCUUUGAAAACAUGCCAAUAGCUUAUAUUUAAUUCAUUUGUGUUGUGUUCCGUUUCGGAAAAUGCAUUUAUUGUGAUUAACUGUUGGUGGAAAAAUGUUAAGUAAAAUGUGGAUUUGAAUAAAAAUAAGAAACGUUUAGUCAACGACAACUAUGGGAGAAAGUGACAACGAAGACAUCAAGACAAAGAAAACUAGCAAUUCGGAAUCAAAGUCGGCAGCCAAGCAACUACAGCAAGAUGAUGAACGCAGUGAUGUCGGUUCUAGAAAUGGUGAUGUCAGUAGGGAUAGGACCAGAAAUCGAAUGUCCUCUUCGUCGUCCUCAUCCACUAUGGGCGGCGGUGGAGGUUCAAGGGAUGAGACCCAUGCGGAAACCACCGAUUCCAAAGAUACUAUAGCUGCCACCAAGCAUUCCGUCGAGGUUAAGACUCAUGCGAGCAUAAUGUCUUCGAAGGAUACUUUAAAAACCAAGGAACCAAUACGUGUUGGAUUCUAUGACAUUGAGAAAACGAUAGGCAAAGGAAACUUUGCUGUGGUGAAAUUGGCCAGACAUCGAAUAACCAAAAAUGAGGUUGCCAUCAAAAUCAUCGAUAAAUCUCAAUUGGAUACCACAAAUUUGCAAAAAGUCUAUCGGGAGGUGGAAAUCAUGAAACGUCUUAACCAUCCACAUAUAAUAAAGUUAUAUCAGGUGAUGGAGACGAAGAAUAUGAUUUAUAUUGUUUCUGAAUACGCCAGCCAGGGGGAGAUAUUUGAUUACAUAGCAAAAUACGGAAGGAUGUCUGAAAAUGCUGCGCGUUUUAAGUUUUGGCAAAUAUUGUCAGCUGUGGAUUACUGUCAUAGAAAAGGAAUUGUCCACAGAGAUCUUAAGGCUGAAAAUCUACUUUUGGACAAUAAUAUGAAUAUAAAAAUAGCAGAUUUUGGAUUUUCUAAUCAUUUUAAAGUGGGCGAACUACUUGCCACCUGGUGUGGUUCGCCACCGUAUGCAGCGCCAGAGGUGUUCGAGGGCAAACAAUAUACAGGGCCUGAAAUUGAUAUUUGGUCCCUAGGCGUGGUGUUAUAUGUGCUGGUAUGCGGAGCAUUGCCAUUUGAUGGUUCAACAUUGCAAAGCCUUAGAGAUCGUGUGCUCUCUGGACGUUUUCGCAUACCAUUUUUUAUGUCAUCAGAAUGUGAACAUCUAAUACGUCGUAUGCUGGUAUUGGAACCCUCACGUCGCUAUACCAUUGAACAAAUCAAAUUACAUCGUUGGAUGUGUCCAGAAAUCUUGGAGCUCUCGAAUAUUGCCAAGUUCAAUGUGAACAUGGACGGCACUACAAACAUCGAACCCAACGAGGACAUAUUGCGCAUUAUGUCCGAAUUUGCUGGCAUACCACCGGAAAAGACUAAAUCAAGUCUAAAAAAGAAUAGCUAUGAUCAUGUUGCUGCCAUUUAUCUACUACUCCAGGAUAGAGUAUACAAUAAGAAAAUACAACAGGAACAGAAGCAUAUGCUCGGAAAUGCCGCUUGCAGUAGCAGUACUGCGUCUGUACCACUGCCAAAACAUACGAGCAUAAGUAAACAGCACACCUUGGCCGGCUCCACCCUAUCGACACUGUCAACGGCUUCAUCGGCGGCGGCGGCGGCCUCAGCUCAUCAAUACUCCUCGAAAUUGUUGUACAAGCAUGGCAAAUCGAAUUCUACCGAACAGCAUCGACUGAGAUCCAGUCAUGUGCUGCAGGAAGAGCAUAAUCAAAUUAUCAAGGAGAACUAUAGCCUUUUGUCGCGUUUAAGCCGCCAAACAUUACUCAGCGAAAGGAGUGCCGUUGGAGGAGCCGCCCACAUGGAACACCUGUUGCAGCCCAAGAUGGCCGAAAGUCAGCUGCGCUAUCACUUGGGCGAAAGGGGAGGUCGCAUGUCUCGCCAAGAUCUAAGUAGCAGCCAGCUACCCAUAGGUUGUUCAUCUUAUAGCAUAGACAAUAAUAAACACUCAAUUUCUAAUCUAAAUUGCCGGGAUAUUGCAGCGUCGAACCAACGACUGAAUGGUGUGCCCACAACGCUGCGCUAUGCCGAUGAUCGCUCGAUGCGCGAGCGGCUGUUUGGGGGCGCUGGCAUGGGCGGAGCUGGCAAUUUCAAUAUCGAAGAAAGUAUCCUAAAACAGAGUUCAGAAGACUGUAGGCUUUUGUUGCAAAAGGCCACUGCCAUAUCCGAAUCCAAAAACAAUAAACACAAAACCAAAACGACUGAAACCAAACAAAAGUCCGACACCAAGCUCAACGAUACCAAGUCUCUGUCAAGCUCAACCAGUUUCGAUUCUUCGCCACAUCUCGAACAAAGUCUUAGCUUUCGUUUCAAAAUGUCUGCAGAGGCCACCAAGCUCUUUCAAACGCUGCAAGAGAGUCCUCUGCCAUUGGAUAGUCCCACAAAUCCUGAUGACCCUGAUAACCCUUCAAGUAUCGUUGUGAAUGCUAGCAACGAGCGCAUGACCCCACACACAACCGAAAAAGAUAAAUCAAAGGCAGCUAACUCAGAAAAUUAUGCUAAUGCCAAUGGCAACGAAAAAUCUACAACGAAAAACUCUAAUAAAAAAGUUUCGGCCCAAUGCAGUUCAAGCACCGAUGAAGGUUGCGAAACGGAUUUAGGAAAUGAUACCAAAGGUAUGAGAAUAAAAACAAAUACUUCACAAUCCUCCAACGAUUUACGAAAUCAACGCAUACAGUCCUAUGCCAGUAGCAGUUCAUCGAGCGGAGUAAUUGGUAGCUAUUCGAAAAGUCUAAGUCAGAAUCUAAGUCGAGCUUCGUCGAAAAGCAAUUGCUCGACAUUUGAGAGCAUUGACUUUAAUCUGGUAACGAGUAUAGACCUGGCGGGUAGUCUGCCAUCGUGUGCAAGUAAUUCAACCAUAGCGGCGGCUGUGUCCGGUACCAGUGGAAGUGCAACACCCGAUCAAUCAUCCGAAUGUUCAUUUUACAAUAGCAAUAAUUCGUGUGUGUAUAUGCCACCCGUAACAAGUACAUCCUCUAUGUUGUCCACCAAGUCAACGCCGUAUUCGGACAAAAGAUCACCGGUGCAUUUUAGGGAAGGACGUAGGGCCAGCGAUGGCCUGGUGGCCCAAGGAAUUGUCAGCUCUUCCGCCGGGCCUCUUCACAAUGGCUCUGCCUAUGGCAGCUAUCGCUAUGACACUCCGCAUAAACGCAACGGCUGGCUUGAGCUACAGCAACUGCAGAGGGAAGCCCAUACCCUUAAGUCCAAAUACAGAUCGAAUCUGCCCAUGGACGAAUUCAACAAUUGUCAAUUUCAGCACAGUCAAUUCUACACCCUGUCCAACAGAAUACCCGCUGUGGAUUUCCACUCAGCAUAUUCAUCGCAUUUGAUGCGUGCCAUGGAGAAUAUGGAAAAUUUCCCCGAAAAGAAUGGCGGCACUCUACAUCCAUCGUUGUACCAUUACUUGAGGGUAGAUGCAGCCAAUGCCUAUCCGGCGGGUUUGCCGCGUCAAGAUCCCAAUGUGAUAUUCAGUCACAUGAAUGCAGCCACCGCAAUGCUGCCCAUGCAAAAGCCGCCCUUGCAACAGCAAUUGUUGCAGCACAGAUUGCUGCAACAGAAACGUCAAUUGUUUCAGAAGCAAUAUGCCUUGGAGGCCCAUUUGGGACGACCACAUCACCUGAUAAGGGAGCACAGCUAUAAGCUUAGUGGUCAUCCGCACAUUAUGACGCCUGCAUCAACGCCAACGCCGCCGCCGCCACCCGCUAUGUCGCCUCACCCCGACGAACUGUUGCAGCUACAAAUGUUUGAACGUAGCGGCAAAAUGCAUCACAACUCAUUGGCCCCUUUGGGUGUUUACAAUCAUCAUCAUAGCCAUCAUCAUCACGGCAUGAACUCCAACUACAUGAAGACAACAUACAUUAAACAACAGUCUGCCGAUGUGGCCGUAUUGCCAGUGGUGGCCCAAGGACGACGUAGUCCCAUUAGCAGGCAUGCCUCCGAAGUGUGGCCAGUGCCGAAUGCAGCCAUAGCUGCUGCUGGUGGUGGUGGCGGUGGCGGUGGCGGCAUGAUGGCUGGAACUCCGACAAUGGUGGAUCACCGAAAAAUGUCACCAGUCAAACUGGAGAAUGGUGUUAGCCGCGGCUCGGCCCCUCCACCACCAUCACCAUCGCCAUCCGUUUUACCACCGCAUGCAUACCAUCCAUCGACAUCGUCAUCAUGUACAACAACAUCAACGUCACUAGCAUCUACAGCAUUAGCACUAUCGUCCCCAUCGACAUCAUCCUCAUCGGGCGCAGCCGCCUCCGCCUCAUCAUCCACCACCACAACCACCACCACCACCAAUCCUUCCACAACCACCGCCACCACCAACUCCUCUUGCUCCCUAGCGAAGUCCUCUGCCUCCAUAUCAUCGGCUUCAUCUGCAUCCUCAUCAUCAAAAAAUUUAUACACACCGAAUUGGCAGACUGUCAUAAAACCGCUUAGCGAAAGUCCCAUACUUGAAAUUGCCGAGCAUUUGGAAUCCGUUUAAGUUCUUGUUAAUUUAUAACCCCUAACUUUCGCUUAUUUACUCUAACAACGAGGCAUACAUACAUGCAUACUUAUUUAUAAACACCAAUACUUUUGUACAUUUUGUUUUUGUAUGUGUAUUUUAUUGAUAUGUAUUAUUAUAUGUAGAAAUUAGCAUUCAAUUAGGUUCGUGCGCAGACACAGCAGAAUUUAAGGCAAGCAAAUUGAUUUAAAGCAAGCCAUGGCCAGACUCUGGCAAUGGAAAAUUAGUUGUAUUGAGGUAAAAAACUUUAACUUUUGCGGUUUGAUGUUUAACAUUUGUUUGCUGGGUUGCAUUUUCCAACGCGACACUCUUCAACGCCCUCUCUUUUUCUCGGCCUUUACAAAUUUUUGACCCGACGAACAUUUUUUGUAAAAGUACUGAUGAAAGGCCACCGUAGCGCAGAGGUUAGCAUGUCCGCCUAUGACGCUCAACGCCUGGGUUCGAACCCUGCCGAGACCAUUAGAAAAAAGAAUUUUUUUCAACGGUGGUUUUUUCCCCUCCUGACGCUGGCAACAUUUGUGAGGUACUAUGCCAUGUAAAACUUUCUCCAAGGAGGUGUCGCACUGCGGCACCCCGUUCGGACUCGGCUAUAAAAAGGAGGUCCCUUAUCAUUGAGCUUAAACUUGAAUCGGACUGCACUCAUUGAUAUGUUAGAAGUUUGCCCCUGUUCCCUAGUGGGCAAAAUUUGCAUUUUUAUUGAUAAAAGACCACCCCGAAAAAACAUCUACCGUUCAUCCGAGGCAGCUUAAUUUCGAUCAGACUUUCUAUACAUUUCCUCAUACACCUCGAUCUCAC